GACAAAGGUAAAGACAAAGAAAUACUCACCAAUAACGACUGUUACGAAAUGGCGGAUACAUCAAUACUUUCAAGCCUGUAUUACUCCAACAACGCAAACGUGUUUUACCCAUAUUACGUCGAUCAGUUCCGUUAUGGCAUUCUCCCUGUCGAAUAUACCUUCCCUGAGAAUCUCACAAUCUCAUCGUUUCCCUAUGGAUACGCACUGCUCAAAUUCCUUCUUUCGGCUGGAAAUCUUACUCAAGACUGCAAUUUGGCAUCAUCCUGGUAUGCCCACAGCCAGUUGGGAUCAAACGAGAAUGCCAGCUUUGGGUACGGCAAUGAAACCAUCAACAUCGAUUUCCUGCGGCUGGCUGCGCCAGAGCUCGUCACAAAAGUGACCGACUCCGAAAUAGCAAGUUUGUACAAUCUCAUGGCAAAUUCGACAACCCUAGAGAACAACGUGGCCAAUGGCGUGCUUAACAUAACCCGACCGGUCAUUGAGUAUUAUUGCCUUUCGCAUCAGCUUGCGGCCGAUGUACAGCUGGUACCUACCAACCAGGACUGCGAUAUUCAGCUUCAAUACUGGGCAUAUCCAGGUCAUGAAUCCAUUGAUGAAACAAUGAAUGUUAUGGCGGCUUAUGCUUCCUUACCAGCCCAGUACCAUAAUAUCUCAAUUCAGACUUUCUGGGGAUGGUAUAAAGCUCAGAACGUAUCGACGACAGCGGAAAUAUACACACAGAAAAAAGAUUGCUAUCAGUCUGUCUGUGCAACACUGAAUUCGUCGGGAAACCCAGACAUCGCUGGUAUUGGGAUUUGUCAGAUGUUUAUCUCCUAUAUCCUCGAAGCUUUGCUCGCUUCAUUUAUAAUCGUUCAGACUUGCUGGCAUAACUGGCGUUAUCGGAAACUCGGUUCGAACACCACAGCAAGCGCCGAUACUCUGCGGGAAGAUUUUGCUCAAGCAACAGAUACGUUCCUCGAUAAUGGAAUCGUAUUUCUGUUGUCACUCACUGUUGCGCUUUUGGCAGUCGGCUCUCAUGAAACGAUCGUAUAUAACGGCUUGAUCACGCAACUAGCCUGUUAUUUUUCAGCCAGCGCAAUUCUCGCCGUUGCUGCAAUUCCCCGUCGUGGGUUUGAUCAAAGACCCACUCUAUGGGUCACCCUGAUCAUCUGUCUUCUGCUGCUCACUUUUGUUAGCGGUAAAGUAGGCCAAUAUGACACUGACCUUGGGGCUUUUUCAGAUGAGAGGACUGACAAGCUCAUAUUCGGUAUCGGGACCCUUGGUGUGGAACUGAAGUAUGUUCAGAUUAUCAACUCUAUAGGCGCCACAGAAUUCUUUAAUGAAUUUGGUGUCAGCAUUCCUCCUCAGCCUUUUACAGUAUCGUCUUGUUUGAUCUGGGGCAUGUUUUACACACAACCUGUGCUUUUUGGUGAUGAGUAUCUUUUUGCUACCGUUUUUGUCGAGAUUUUUGGAUACUGCUUAGGGAUUUUGCUUUUCAUCCUUCUUACCAAGAUUAUAUGGUGGCGAUAUUAUCAACAGCGAGCGAUGGGCUCUUACUACACGGAAGAAACGGUCGGAUACGGACAAGUGUUGUCGCUCUUUCUGUGGACCUCGGUUUUCAUUGCUUUUGUACAGAUUAUUACAAAAAAAAUACCAAAAUCAUGGUACUCUAGAAUCCCGACAAUUCCGUUCUGGCACUCCCGAAAGAAGGCAUCAGCCCAGGGUAUACAGUUACAGCAGCUGGCUCCCCUCAUUGCCACUGUAACACCCGCGUCACCGACAACAGCGGGUAUCCAUUCUGCUUUGCCAGGCAAUGCAUCAAAUCCUCCUUCAACCGCACCAACUUCCAACAGUAUGGCAAAUUUUCACCCAACGGCGAUGACUCUCAAUAAUGUGGUAGAUCCUUUUCCAACAACAUCUACAACCAACAAUCAAGCAUCCGACCCAUCUCGCGCCCAGCGACGUACGAAUACUCGUUGAAUUGUUACCGCUGCAAAUUCGACAGGCUUACGACAACAUAGCGGAGUACAAUGCGAGGAGGGG